GUUGCCUGUAUUUUAAAGAUACGGAGACGUGUCCUUAUGGUAAAGAGAGGCAAGAUUUUCAGCCAGAACCACACGCGUCCAUAUCCCAAAAAUGCAACGCAGAGUUCUCACGGUCUGCGGGCUGAGGACGUGUGAUCUGCACUCUCGGCUAGUCUGAGUUCUGUAACCCACACAUUGUGCCCGAGGAGCUCAGCGGGUCAGGCAGCAUCUGUGGAUGGGAACAGCCGGCCGGGACUGUACAUUCCCCUUUAAGAAGUCCGUGUCGCUGAGAAAGCCCCGCAUUCUAAUGGAGCAGCGUAAUACUUCCUUAUCCAUUCGAUGAUAUAAAACCUUGUUGCGAUUUCCCCGCGCUCUCUGUCGAACGACUGUACUUGGGGAGUCGUGAAACUUUUCAGUGUGUUUGAGAGGAGCUGACCGGGGGAAUGGGCAGGUGUGGCCUGCAAUUGCGGACAGCCGUCGCUCUGCACCUUCUGGCCAUCGCAGUCGAAAUCGUGGGUGACAGGGCCUCGAAUCGUGUUUCCUCCUGCUGUUCCGAAUACAACAAAGAGAUCCCGAAGGCAUUCUUCUGCCAAAUUAAAAGUUAUACCUUAACAGAGAGAUGCCUUAAGAAAGAUGGGGCAGUACUGUUUGUUACCAAGUCAUUGGGACUGGUCUGUGCUGAUCCUCAGAAGAACUGGGUGAAGCAGCUUCGGCGGUUUAUCGAUAGAAAAGUGAAAUGCAAGAGAAAACCGAAGAAUCCUUCAGUUAGCAGGAGAGUGGAUUCACCAACUCUUAAAAUCUCAAGGUCAACUGAAAGGAACCAUGGGAGCAGCGGAACUACCACCACUACAACCAUCCAUUCUCCUAAUCCUUCCUCCACUGACCUUCACAAGAUGGCUGACCAGUCCAUGACUCUGUCCUCCACUGACCAUACCAACAUGACUGUCCUUUACGCUGAUCCAUCCACCACUGACCUGCCCAACAUGGUCAUCAAUACCACAGAUCCUUCCACUGACCUUCCCAACACGGCUGUUCAUGCAAUGGAUCUUUUCACCAAUGAACUUCUCAACACAGCCAUCCAUUCCACACAUGAUUCCAUCACUGACCCUCCCAACAUUGCAAUUCAUUCUACACACCCUUCCACCACUGAUUCCGCAUAUCCUUCCACUGCUGACACUGUCAACGUGGUCUUCCAUUCCACGCACCCUCCUUUCACUGACCUUCCCAACAUGGCCAAACAGUCAAUUCAUCUUCCUACCACCGACCUUCCCAACAUGUCCAUCCAUUCCACGCACUCUUCUCCCACUGACUUUCCCAACAUGACCAAACAGCCAAUUCAUCUUCCUACCACUGACAUUCCCAACAUGGCCAUCCAUUCCACGCAUCCUUCUCCCACUGACCUUCCCAACAUGGCCAUCCAUUCCACGCACCCUUCUCCCACUGACUUUCCCAACAUGAUCAAACAGUCAAUUCAUCUUCCUACUGCUGACCUUCCAAACAUGGUCACCCAUUCCACAUAUCCUUCCAUCACUGGCCCUCCCAACAGAAACUCAAGAAAUGGACCAGCUGAGGAGGAGAAAAGAAAGCCUGCAGCCCUACCAGAAACAGUUACAGGACGCCUGGACCUCACCACGGCCGUACCGCAUGGCACAGAGGGCUCUGGUCACGGGUGGAACACGUCAGGGAGAGGAACGCAGUACCACUCGCACUUACGAGGAGAGGAGUUGGGAGACCAGGAGCCAACUUCCAGUCGGAUCUGGGACAAGGUCACGUUGAUGAUUGUGCUGACCAUUGGCAUGGUGGCCACAGUCCUCCUCAUCUACUUACUCUGUCAGAGGGAAGGACACCGAAAGGAUGUUUCUGUCAGUCCGGAAAUCAUACCCUUGGUGUGAUGGGCCCCUGAAGUCCCUCCUCUCAUCUACGUGCCAGAGCGGCCUGGUGCCCGCGACGACAAUGGGGAGAAGGCACAGAAUGAGCAACGCGUAGUUUAGUGUCUUGCUAUGCAUUGCACUUUUCAUGCACAGCCCCUGCUUUCCCCCCCCGUUUCUCGCGCCUUACCGUUUCCUUGGGGCUGGGGGAGUGUAUGGUGAGCUGUCUACCUACUCCUUACCACUGUUCUGCGUCCAGAGCUGGUGGUGGUCGAUCUCUCCCAUUGCCUGUCAAGACCUCAGCUUCAUGUUGAUCACUCCUUCACUCAUUCCACCGCAGUGGGGCAAGGCCGGGAGGGGGGUUCCAAAGGCUCGAAUCUACCUAGCCCAGUGUCGACACACAAGUAAGCAUCCAAAGAAAAGGAUAAGAACACAAAGAAUAGGAGCAGGAGCUGGCCAUUCGGCCCAUCAAGCCUGCUCCUCCAUUCAAUAAGAUUAUGACCAAUCUGGCCAUGGGCUCAUCUCCACCUACCUGCCUUCUCCCCAGAACCUUUAAUUACUCUAAAUCAUCUUAAAUAUAUUUACUCAGGUAGCCUCCACUGCUUCAUUGGGCAGAGAAUUCCACAGAUUCACCACUCUUUGGGAAAAGCAGUUCCUCCUCAUCUCCAUCCCAAAUCUACUCACUGAAUUUUGAUGUUAUGUCCCCUAGUUCUAGUCUCACCCACCACUGGAAAUAACUUUCCUGCCUCUAAUCUAUCCCUUUCAUAAUUUUGUAUGUUUCUAUAAGAUCUCCUCUAAUCCUUCUGAAUUCCAGUGAGUACAGUCCCAGGUGACUCAAUCUCUCCUCAUUGUCUAGCCCCCUCAUCUCUGGAAUCAACCUUGUGAACCUCCUCUGCAUCUCCUCCAAAGUCAGUAUAUCCUUCCUCAAGUAAGGAGCCCAGAACUGCACACAGUACUCCAGGUGCAGCCUCACCAGUACCCUGUAUAGUUGCAGCAUAACCUCCCCGCUCUUAAAUUCAAUCCCAAUAGCAAUGAAGGCCAACAUCCCAUUUGCCUUCUUGAUAGCCUGCUGCACCUGCAAACCAACCUUUUGUGAUUCAUGCACAAGCACUGCCACGUCCCUCUGCACAGCAGCACGCUGCAAUCUUUUACCACUUAAAUCAUAAUCUGCUCUUUCAUUUUUCUUUCCAAAGUGGAUGAUCUCACAUUUACCAACAAAACCAUCGAUCUCCACCCUGAAAACACUCAGUGAAACAGCUUCUUGGGGAGAGUAUUUCAAAGGUUCGCCACCCCCUUGGGGAAGCUUGUCUUUGUCCAGGAAGGCUGGUUUGUUCUGAACCUGGGGCCCCUGGUUCCGCAGACCCUGACCCAGGGGACCCCUGUACAUCAUUGGAGAGGCUCUCUGUCUGUCCCACUUCUCCUUGUGACCGUGUAGGUUUCCUGUGGACCCUCCAGUCACCACCCGUAGUCCGAAGACCUACCGGUUAGUGGGUUAAUGGGUCAUUGUGGAUUGUCUGGUGAUUAGGCUAGGGUUCAAUCGGGGGUUGCUGGGCGGCCCGGCUCGAAGGAGCCCCAGACACCCUCCGGGUCAUUCUGAACGUUGGGAAGGAAGUCUGGGCCUUCCUGUUGAAGUAGUCGCCCUGGUUUCUGCGGACUGGGAACUGGCCCGAGAGACAUGGAAGGAUCUGGAUGAUCAAAGCUGUUCAUGAAAUACUAAUAUCUCCAGUUGCUGGAAACCAAAAAAAAAAUAAAACAGUUUAAGUUGUUCAA